ACCACAUCAAAUACUUCAAAUUGUGCCCCUAUUUGUCGCGGUUGUAACUAAAACCGCAGCAAAUAACCCCUUGAAAUUUCAGCUUCUUCCCUCUAUUCCGUCAAAACCCUUCAAGCAAUUAGAUUCACAACUUUCCCCUACAUGUAAUCGAUCGACGAAGAACCCUCUUCAUUUUAUCGAACGCCCAAAACCUUCAACCUUCUAGCAGCUUCAGCCUCCGUCUAAGCUAGCAGCGCCUAAGCCAUUCAUCCCGCCGCCUAAGCAGCGUUUUCGCCUUGCAACGCUGCCUAGUAGUACUGAACAACGCCUCGACCUAGCAGCGCCGAACAACGCCAGCGCCUAGCAACGCCGCUGCCUCUGACACUUCUUCUCCUCUCACUUCAAGCAAUUGGUGCAAUAUUUGAUGCAACCGAUUCUUUUUGUACAUUGCAGGUGCAGUCAAGAUGAGACACCACUACUUUACAGUCUUGUGUUUGGAGAGGGAGUUGUCAAUGAUUCUACAUCAGUGGUGCUUUUCAAUGCUAUUGAAAGUUUUGACAUGUCAAGUUUUGAUCCCAAGAUUGGGCUUCAUUUUCUUGGAGACUUCUUAUAUAUGAGCACUUCUCUGUGUGUGGCAACUGGACUGCUGAGUGCUUAUAUUAUCAAAAAGCUAUACUUUGGGAGAGUUUCAAUCCUAUGUGUGAGCCUGAUGAUUGGGAAUGCAAAUAUGGUGGAAGUUCUGAAUUGGAAAGGAGUCGAGAUGAUAUUGUAUCCAGUCAACCUAAUAAUGAACUUAACAAUAGCCCCAUAUAUUUUGAUAUGCAAAACGGCUUCACAUUUCCAUGUCGGUAAUCUGUAGGUGAGGAUGAUGAUGAAACGACUGGGCUAAUUGGGUUGACUCCAGAGUUGAUCCCUCCAGGGUUGUAAUACAUAGUUGUACUCUUUCGUAAUAAUGUCAUAUGUUAUCGUGUUGUUUUGGUUCAGUUCGUGAUGCUUUUGGCCAUGUAUUUGUGUGAUAUUUGUUUUAAGCUUUUAGGGAUGAUAAACUUACAACAAGAUGGUAAUUUGUAUCGUAUUUGAUGGAUCGUCGGACCGGGGGUGGCCGGAAUUCACCGAGAAUGAAAGUAAAAGGAGAGAGCGAACUGGAUGGAAAAGUCAGAUAUUCAAUUUAACAAAAUCCCGGUGUAUCGGUCUCAAGAGUGCAAUAGAUUAAGCCUCUAGAAUUCGAUCACUCCUGAAUUUUCAUCCCUUUCCACAAGUUGAAAGGUGAUAUUUAUACUAAGGAGAAAGGGAAAUACUUGGUGCCCAAGUAAAAAGAUACUAGUCUCAUAGGAGAGGGAUACAUGUAAAGCUACUCUAACAAAUUAUCAGACUGAAUGAAUCAGGAGCAGCCACGUGGAAAGCUGAUUGGAGAGAGAACUUCUGAUAGCUUGGUUGAUUGGUUUAUUCUUCUAACAGAAUUCCUGCCAGAGAUCCCGUGUAAUCGUGUGCAGACAAUCUGGCGUAUUCUACCAGUGCAGAGAGUGACGUGGCGAUGCUUCCUCACGACUUAAGACCUAGCGGAUUUCGCCUAAGUACAGGGUGCUUUCCUCCCGACCUCGAGGGUUACUGAGGUCGGUAUCUUGGGGCUCGGGCCCAUGUUGAGAGGACUCGUUUCGAUGCCUCCCGUUCUCGCUUUGGAGGUGACUUGGCCGCCUGGUGCUUUGAUUGGUGUUGACAUGGAGCAAGACUUCUGAGGUUGGAUCGGAUGUCGACCUCGGAUGUCCCGAGGUCGGGCUCAUGGAUCGUCGAGUUUGGUUGGCUCCUGAUCUCGAUGCUUCCCGACCUCGACCUCGAGGUCAGGGUCGGUGGACCCUGUUAUCCGCUGAGUUUACUUGAUUCCUGAGCCUGGUGUUCCCCGACCUUAGCGGUCGGGGUCGGGGUCGAAUCUAGAUGUGGACUUAGUAUUUUCUUGCCCCUGAUGAACCCGCAAGGCUUUCUACCGGCGAUCGCGGUACCCCUGGGGUAUACGGGAAUAUACUCCAUCAGUCUUUAUUAUGAGUUUUGGCAAUUUAUUAUUUAAUUCUUCUUGGAAUUAUGAUAUUGAUUCGUGUUGAUGAGAAACUUGGAUGGCAGAAAUGAAUUGCUUCUUAUUUUGUAGCCAAUAAAUAUUUUGGUAAAAA